GCCCGUCCCGAGCGCGGCGCCGGCGGUCAGAGACUGGGUGCUGGCCUGCCGCACGCCCGGCUGCGCGCGGAGACUGAGGAUGGGGGCGUAGCUGCUGGAGCCGGCCCGGCAGCACCGAGAUUGACUUUUGGGAGACAAUUUCAUGAUGUUUGAAUCACCCUUGGAAUAAUGUGGACAGAAGUUCUCAGUCUUGCAUAUUACAUCAACUGGAACCAGCGGUGUAUCUUAAUGUUCACUUAAAUCAGAACUUGUAUAAGAAAAAGAAUGGGAGUCUGGUUGAAUAAAGAUGACUAUGUCAGAGACUUGAAAAGAGUCAUUCUCUGUUUUCUAAUAGUGUAUAUGGCCAUUUUAGUGGACACAGAUCAGGAUUUUUACAGUUUACUUGGAGUAUCCAAAACUGCAAGCAGUAGAGAAAUAAGACAAGCUUUCAAGAAGUUAGCAUUGAAGCUUCAUCCUGAUAAAAACCCGAACAACCCAAAUGCACAUAGUGAUUUUUUAAAAAUAAAUAGAGCAUAUGAAGUACUCAAAGAUGAAGAUCUGCGGAAAAAGUAUGACAAAUACGGAGAAAAGGGACUUGCAGAUAAUCAAGAAGGAGGCCAGUAUGAAAGCUGGAAUUACUAUCGUUAUGAUUUUGGUAUUUAUGAUGAUGAUCCUGAAAUCAUAACAUUGGACAGAAGAGAAUUUGAUGUUGCUGUUAAUUCUGGAGAACUGUGGUUUGUGAACUUUUACUCUCCAGGAUGUUCACACUGCCAUGAUUUAGCUCCCACAUGGAGAGACUUUGCUAAAGAAGUGGAUGGAUUACUUCGAAUUGGAGCCGUUAACUGUGGUGAUGAUAGGAUGCUUUGCCGAAUGAAAGGAGUGAACAGUUAUCCCAGCCUCUUCAUUUUUAGGUCUGGAAUGGCUGCAGUGAAAUACCAUGGUGACAGAUCAAAGGAAAGUUUAGUGAGUUUCGCCAUGCAGCAUGUUAGAAGUACAGUAACAGAAUUAUGGGCAGGAAAUUUUGUUAACGCCAUACAAACUGCUUUUGCUGCUGGUAUUGGCUGGCUGAUAACUUUUUGUUCCAAAGGAGGAGAUUGUUUGACCUCACAGACACGUCUCAGGCUUAGUGGCAUGUUGGAUGGUCUUGUUAAUGUAGGAUGGAUGGACUGUGCCACCCAGGCCAACCUUUGUACAAGUUUGGAUAUUACAACAAGUACUACUGCCUAUUUUCCUCCUGGAGCCACUUUAAAUAACAAAGAGAAAAGCAAUGUUUUGUUUCUUAAUUCAUUGGAUGCUAAAGAAAUCUAUUUGGAAAUAAUGAAUAAUCUUCCAGAUUUUGAACUACUUUCAGCAGACACACUAGAGGAUCGUUUGGCUCAUCACCGAUGGCUCUUAUUUUUUCAUUUUGGAAAAAAUGGAAAUUCAAAUGAUCCUGAGUUGAAGAAACUAAAGACUCUACUUAAAAAUGAGCAUAUUCAAAUUGGCAAGUUUGACUGUUCCUCUGCACCAGACAUCUGUAGCAAUCUCUAUGUCUUUCAGCCAUGUCUAGCAGUAUUUAAAGGACAAGGAACCAAAGAAUAUGAAAUUCAUCAUGGAAAGAAGAUUCUAUAUGACAUACUUGCCUUUGCCAAAGAAAGUGUUCAUUCUCAUGUUACCACACUUGGACCUCAAAAUUUUCCUGCCAAUGACAAAGAACCAUGGCUUGUUGAUUUUUUUGCCCCUUGGUGUCCACCAUGUCGAGCUUUAUUGCCAGAAUUACGAAAAGCAUCAAAGCAUCUUUAUGGUCAGCUUAAGUUUGGUACACUAGAUUGUACAGUUCAUGAGGGACUCUGUAACAUGUAUAACAUUCAGGCUUAUCCAACAACAGUGGUGUUCAACCAGUCCAGUGUUCAUGAAUAUGAAGGACAUCACUCUGCCGAACAGAUCUUGGAGUUCAUAGAGGAUCUUAUGAAUCCUUCAGUGAUUUCCCUGUCACCCACCACUUUCAAUGAACUAGUUAAACAAAGAAAACAUGAUGAAGUCUGGAUGGUUGAUUUCUAUUCUCCAUGGUGUCAUCCAUGUCAAGUUUUAAUGCCGGAAUGGAAAAGGAUGGCCCGGACAUUAACUGGACUGAUCAAUGUGGGCAGCAUAGACUGCCAACAGCAUCAUUCCUUCUGUGCCGAAGAAAAUGUUCGAAGAUACCCUGAGAUAAGAUUUUAUCCCCCAAAGUCAAAUAAAGCUUAUCAGUUUCAGACUUACAAUGGUUGGAAUAGGGAUGCCUAUUCCCUAAGAAUCUGGGGUCUAGGAUUUUUGCCUCAGGCAUCCAUAGAUCUGACACCUCAGACCUUCAAUGAAAAAGUUUUACAAGAGAAAAAUCAUUGGGUGGUUGACUUCUAUGCUCCUUGGUGUGGACCUUGCCAAAAUUUUGCUCCAGAGUUUGAGCUCUUGGCUAGGAUGAUUAAAGGAAAAGUGAAAGCUGGAAAAGUAGACUGUCAAGCUUAUGCUCAAAUAUGCCAGAAAGCUGGUAUCAGAGCCUAUCCAACUGUUAAAUUUUAUCCCUACGAAAGAGCAAAGAGAAAUAUUUGGGGAGAGCAGAUAGAUUCAAGAGAUGCAAAAGAGAUUGCUACCUUAAUAUAUGAAAAAUUGGAAAAUCUCCAAAAACAUGGAACAAGAAAUAAGGAUGAACUUUAAUGAUAUUGAAGAUGAAGAAAAAGUUGAAAAGAAAUUCUGACAGAUGACAUCAGAAGACAUCCUUUUAGACUUACUACAUUCGUGGAGGGAAUAAAAAUGUCAUAUUGGACUUGUAAUUGCACUGUCUAAAUUCUAUACAACAUUGGUAUGCAUGAAGGGUCUGCAAGUUUCUUUUUUUUGUUUUAUUAAUCCUCAUUUGAGAAUAUUUUUCCAUUGUGCAAGCUUUUUCUAUAAAGGACCCGGUCAUAAAUAUUUUAGGCUUUGUAGGCCAUAUGCAGUUCUUUGUCACAUAAGCUAUUUUGUUUACAACCCUUUGAAAAAUGUAAAACCAUCCACAAAUGGGCCACAAACCAUGUUCAGUCCACGGGCCCAGAUUGCUGACUACUAGAAACGACGUUUGCGCUGGUUGGCUUGACCGUGAGCCUGCUCUGCUAGUGUAUCCCUUCAUGUCUGAGUGGUGCAGACUGAACUUGACCACAGAGUGUUGGGGCUCACCUAAAGAGAGAACUUGGUUUUCAAUCACCUGUUCUAAAAAUUCUCUGAAAUUGAUUCUCUAAUCAUAUUUCACUUUAAAAAUACAAUGUGACAAAAUAAACAGAUACCCUAUUUUCACGAUGUAUUAUAGUGAAGAGAUUCUUCAUUCUUUCCUUACUUAAAGGUUGAAGAAUUUAUUUUAAUUUUUCACAAUUGAGAAACAAUUUUAUAACAGUAAGUAAACAAAUUCUAUAGAUUUCUACAGCCUCCAGAAAUACCUGAGAAAAAAUAUGUAUGGCAAUUAGCAGUGUGCUGUGGAAUAUCCCAAAUAUAUCACAUAUUUAGAGUUCUAUAUUUUAAAGACAUGUGUUAAUUUAUUUUCUAAAUAUUUUUUAUAAAAGUUUUCCCUGUGAUAGCGAUUAACUUUUGAAGCAUUUUUCUACUGUUUAUGUUUUUGCCUUCUGGACUCUGGAUGUAUGUCCUCUAUUUACAUUGCCUGUUUUCCUCUCUUGUUUAUUCUCUUCCUUAUUCAAACAGGAAAAAUAACUUUGCAGUUUUGUUUCACUAUAAUGAUAAUGUGGUCAUUCCAGUUACUAAUUUACUGUUGGAGACUGCCAUGUUCAGAUAAAUAUUGGCACAAUAAUAAGUUAUUUUUGUAAGAAAAUUAAGUAUAUAAAUCUGAGGAUUAGAUAUAUUAGUUUCUCAGUUCAGAUUCAGCCCAAAAAUUGUUUCCUUGCAUUUUAAGAAAACAUUGUUAAUUAUAAUUCAGGGUGCAUGGGAUGAUAAAAAUCCCAAUUGAGCAAAAGAGCUCAGUGAAUUUUUUAAAAUCUUCAGUUUUCCCAGAAACCUAUUAGGAUUAUUCUUUAUUAUAUUGGAAGAGUUUUGUUUAUAUUUUAAUAUCAUUUUAUCUUUUUCUCCAAUAUUUCCUCAAAUAUUUUAGAGCUCCAAUUUAUAGAAAAAGUAAUCCUUUUUUUUCAAGUGUGAUCCUAUUCUUUAUAGUCUCUCCAAUAUUGUUUUGUGUAUUUUGACUCCUGUCUUAGAUUUCAUUUUACACAUGUAGGCACAUACAGAUCAAUUACCACUUUCAGCCUUAACACCGCCUUUUUGGAUUAUGAUCAGUAGUGGCAAGUGCCUUUCAUUUAUUACGUUUUAAAAGCCUAGAAAAUGCUUUAAAUUGGCUUGUUUCUAUAAGAAUCCCAAAAUGAAAUACCUAAAGAAGUCCUGGUAAAUAUUUGCUGAGUUACUGUACCAGUUACGUGGAUGCCAGUGUGCUGGACACAGGAGAGCACAGACAGCAUGAGGGCAUGGGCCGCACCUCCCGCGUGGUGGAGUUCACAGUUCUGACUGAGUCCGUGAACAGGUGUAAGGUGCCUACAUACCACUCCAUGUAAGUACAGCUCCCAAUUUAAUUGGAAAACGUCUUAAGCAGUAAAUAGUAAAUAUUAUAUAUUCUGUAACUUGGCCUAAGUAUAUACCUGUGGAAUAGGCUCUGACGCCAACACUACCUGGCAGAGAUGUCAAGUAAUAUAUAUCAUAUUAGAAGUAUAUAUCAGGAGGCUAUUUUCUGCUGUCAUAUCAGUGUCAUUGGGUAUUUCAAACAGCUGACAGAAUGAAAGGUUUUAGUGGCUACAUCACCACAGCGGAGCACCUCUAAAGAGCCAUUUCUCUCAGCAACACCAUUUUUGUGUGCAGUUGGCCUCGGGUUCAACACCAUUUCUAGUAGACAAGAGUGCGUGCAUUCUGUCAGGCAGCUAGAUUUGAAAACGAGAUAUAUUUAAAUAUGUGACGAUGUGAAAUUAUUUGGAAUUUCUGUUUGGGGUAUUAAUGAUGCUUGCCUAACUCAUUUUCCCAAUUUUUAACAUCUUUCAUAUCUUUUUUACUUAAAGUGUGUGAUUAAGA